UCCCAGGCCCCUCCCCGCCUGCCUUUCCUCACGGCCGGGCAGCUCCGUCUCGCUGGUCCCCCUCCUCCUCCGCCCCGCCGUCCUGACUUUCUUUCCCUUCUUUUCCUCAGAGGAUGUCCUCCUUCCAGCUCAACCUCAACCCGCUCAAGGAGCCGCUCGGCUUCAUCAAGGUCCUCGAAUGGAUUGCUGCUAUCUUUGCUUUUGCCACCUGUGGAGGUUUUAAGGGCAAAACAGAAAUUCUAGUGAGUUGUUCUCCUAAAGUUUCUGACAAUAAAACGAUUACAGCUACUUUUGGUUAUCCAUUCAGGUUGAAUGAAGCAUCAUUUCAGACACCUCAGGGUGCAAAUGUGUGUGAUGUAGAUUGGAAAAGUUAUGUCCUUAUUGGAGAUUACUCUUCUUCUGCACAAUUCUAUGUUACUUUUGCAGUCUUUGUCUUCCUGUACUGCAUUGCUGCCCUUCUGCUCUAUGUUGGUUACACGAACCUGUAUCGUGAUAGUCGAAAACUUCCCAUGGUUGACUUUGUUGUUACUCUUGUUGCCACUUUUUUGUGGUUGGUGAGCACUUCAGCCUGGGCUAAAGCUCUUACAGAUAUUAAAAUAGCUACCGGUCACAAUAUUGUCCAGGAACUUCUGCCUUGUAGUCAUCAAGUGGUAUGUCAUUUUGGCUCUGUGACUAGUAUGGGAUCCCUGAAUGUAUCUGUGAUCUUUGGCUUUCUGAAUAUGGUACUUUGGGGAGGAAAUGCGUGGUUUGUGUACAAGGAGACCAGCUUACACAGUCCAUCAAAUACUUCUACUUCCCAUAGCCAAGGAGGCAUUCCACCUCCAACUGGAAUAUAAUUGAAGGGAAAAGUACACUGUAUGAAACAGAUGUCUAUACUAUGACCUAUUGCCAACAUCUUGAGAAGCAUUUUUUAUUUCUAAUAAAAGUAAUGGCUUUUUCAGUAAAUCGGUGGGUUUAUAAUUUUGCUGCUUUUUUACAUAAAGCUUGUGCCUUUCCUAGAAAUUUAAGAUGUAAAUGUAUUCUCACAUGUGAAUUUGAAGAUUCAGGGGCCUAUUAUGAAAUGAUACACAUUUUUAAAUGAAGAGUAAUUUCUUCACUAAGUUGUUUGCCUUCCAAAGUGUUUACACCUUAAGCCUUAACAUAUAUCUUCACUCAGAAAAGAGUUGUAUUGUCAUAUCAUAAUGGGAAGAAAAUCUCUGUUGGAAUAUACACUACUGUAAGUUUGUACAGAUCAUAUUCCUAAGACCUGUCUUUGUUUAAGAAAGUCUUGAUUACCUAAAUCAUAUUUAGAAAAAAACAGUUCACAGUUUAUAUCUGAACGUUGUUUAUAUGUUAUGAAAAAUUUUUAAUACAAAGACUGUGUGUAUGUUUUAUUCCUGUUUUUCUAAAUAACCUACAGUACUUGAUAGGUGUACUAAAAUUGUUUUGGGAGUUGGGUUUGGAAAUUUCUAAUAGAUGUAUAGUUAAUUUAGUAAUUCUCUCGCAUGAGGUGUAAGCUUCCCUUAUGCUGAUUAUCUGAUAGAUUUGCUGUGUAAGUAGAUAUUUUGAUGUGUAUGGGCAUUACUCCUGUUGGUAUUUGUUUGCUGCCCUUUGUUGCUCAUGCUCCUUCAGUGCAGGCUGAGACCUAGUCUCCUUGCAAGUAGAGUAAAAUAAUCUACCUUUUUUUGCAGACCCUAUUCAUAGGGUUAAAAAAAACUAAGAUUGCCUUUUACUUUUGAAAUGUUUAACAUUUAUAGUCAAUGAAGUUGCUGUUUUGAGUUUAACAUUGAUAUUGUGAAAAUGAAUGCAAUUCAGAUUUCAUGUUUCUUAAUGUUCUUAUUUCACAAAUGGAUAAUUAAGGAAUUAUGCGUAAUAAACAAGGAACUUAAGUGAGCUCUAUUAUGGGUGUGCUGUCUUUGCUCACACAUUUGGGUAUCUUCUGAAUAUAGGGCUUAUUCACAUUUUGCUUCCUAAUCUUUUUGUUAUACAGGGCCAGAUUUCCUUUUACCGCAUGAUUGUUUAUAUAUGAAGCACAUCUUACUAUUGCGUUAUUUUUAUUGCUUUUGUUCAUGACAAGAAUUGUCAGUAUGAGAAUGUAUAUCAUUUAUGCAACCAGCUUAAUAAAGUUAAGUUAAAAUAAAGAGUGCACUGAUUGUUAUAUUAUAAAGAAACGUUCAUCUUAAAGGCAUGAGCAAUGCAAAAUGGAACUGAAAGCAAGAAAUAGAAUAUCACAAUAGGGUGUUUUUGUUUUAAAUAUUUGGCAAGGAAUAAAAGAAAAAAUGCUUUGGA